AUGGGAACUACAGUUUCUGUGGAUUCUUCUCCGUUUGAAUGUAUUGAGGAUUUGCUGAGAGAGCUAAGGACAAGCAAAAUUGUUGGGACAGAACCAACAUCAAACCAUUCUUUUCAUCACAAUAUCAAAGGCUGGAUCUAUGAAGAUCAUUCAUCAUUAAGUAUUUCAAGCCUUGAUUUCACGAAGGAUUUUUCGUCGUUCAGCCCCAACCACUCGUAUUUGCUCGUUCAUACCUUUCGGAGUCAAGCUUCCCCAUCAAACAAUCAAGCAAUAGAAAAUAGACGUAUCAAAUUGUCUAGUCAUUCCUUACUUCAACUUGUUGCAUCAACUUCCAAUAUUUCUCUGGAAGGGCUUGAAGCGAAAUUAUCAACUGGAGAUCUGCAGCAAUACUACUCCAAAUCAUCAAAUUUCGGAUUCAGGAAAAGCUUACAAAGCAGCGUUGAUGAAAAGUAUGGGUUUUCAGUAUAUGUUUGGCAUGGAAAAACAGUUAAAAGCUUUGUAAAAUUUAAAGCUAUUUCCGAUGGCUAUGGUAUUGAGAGGGAACUACUAAGGAAUGCCAGUCUGGUUGAAAGUUUCUUUGGAAUUGGAAAUCCUGUAUCGAUUUGUGAUUACUACCACAAUGAUUUACCCACAAAACAUAAUGCAUUGAAUUUGUCAAAUGCAAGCUUUUCUUCUCUUGCAAUAUGCUUGACUCUGUUUCAGCACUGCCAUUUGUUCAGGAAUAUCUUUCAUGACAACAUGUUCAACCAAGAUGACAACAUGAGGCACGAGUAUACUUUCAGUUCGUUGUUGCAACUCCCUCCUUCUGAGUCCAACCUUAAACGAAAGCCUUCAGAUGACGAGGGUGCUGAAUAUGUGUGCUCGCCAGCCAACUCACCAAGAGGUGAGGACCCUUGA